CGGUUGAUUCAAAUAGUUUGUUGAUUCAAUCACUGUCAAAGAGACAGUGACUAACUGACUAGUGUCAAAGAGACAGUGACUAACUGACUAGUGAGGCCUUUUCAUUGAGCGUAUUUUGCCGUAUGGUCCUAUUUCUGUCGUGCUAUUUCAAAAACCGACAAAAUGGGGAAAGUAAAGUGUUCCGAACUUCGAACCAAGGACAAGAAGGAACUUGAUAAACAACUUGAAGGGCUUAAAACGGAACUGACCAGCCUCCGGGUAGCCAAAGUGACUGGAGGAGUUGCCUCUAAGUUAUCAAAAAUCCGUGUUGUACGGAAAGCGAUAGCCCGUGUGUACAUUGUAUAUCAUCAAAAAAUGAAGGUGAACCUUCGUAAUCACUACAAGAAUAAGAAAUACAAGCCUCUAGAUUUAAGGCCUAAGAAGACACGUGCAAUGCGCAAGGCCCUAACAAAACAUGAAGCUAAACUAAAAACAAGGAAGGAAAUCAGAAAGAAGUCUCUAUUUCCACCAAGAGUAUAUGCUGUUAAGGCUUAAGUAAAAAAUUACAACAUA